AUGCCCGCAACCACCCGCUCCGUCGCCAAAAAGGACGCCUCCGCCUCCCAACUCCAGCAAACGCGGCAAGUAGAAAGCGAGGAGCAACAUGCAAGUGCGAGUGCUCAGGCCGGACUCAACCUCAACCUCCUCGGCGCCGUCUCCGGCAUCUUCAGUGCCAAAUCCAAGAAAACCACCAACAACAACCCGGACGGCUCAUCCGUGAGCACAGAAGAGCGAGCCGAGCGCGGCCAAGCCUCCAGAAGAGCAGCCGGAAACGCGACUGCGAUCGGCGCGGCGAAUGCGAACAGCGGGCGGCGGAAGAUGAAGGAGGUGCAGGCGGUCGAUCAUUUGGGGAUUGAGGGGUGA